CGCUUUCAGUUACUUGCAGCCCGGGCUCAGCGUAGCUUUUCGUGCCGCCUUGCAAUUUCACAAAGGAGUUCUACGGGACCUGCAUGAUUCACCAACAGCACUCCCUUACAACUGAAAAGGACCGAAAUGAGAAUUUUACUUUAGUUUCAUUAAUUUAACUUAUUAUUAUUAUUUAGUUUUCAUUUGUUCUCAUUAUUUUAUCCAUUUUUUAGAGUCUCAGUUGCAGAUAAUUUGCAGCUUGCAUAGGGAAUAUACAGAAUCACUAUUUUUUCUGCUGCUACUCUCGGAGAACGCGUGCAGUUGGAUUGAUACCACUUUACUUGGCAAUCGCUGGACAAAACCGCGGAUUAUUGUGUUCACAUGUAUCUGGCAUCGAGGGAAAGGACAUCGACAGUGGCGUGGGUCGCCCUGCUCUGAGGAAUGUACCUCCUUCGGAUCGGAUGGCUGAGGAAAAUUAACACGGUCUCAUCCGAAUGAGAGACUGCCGCACGACCCGGUUUUCCCCUGUUCUGCUCUUGCUUUCUGAAGGUUUGGAGCUCUCCCGGUGCUUGGGAUAUUUGCGCGCUCCGUAAGAGCGGUCGCUUUUUGGCCGUGGCGGGACUGAUUAAACCCGUUUCUUCUUUGGGAAUUUAAUUGAAAAAUUAUUCCUCUGCGUCGGAUUACAGAGUUUUGCUCCGUGUAUUGUCGCAUUUACGCUCGUUGGCGAUACGAAUUAUAAUAAUAACAAAAUAUAUAUUUAAUAUCCCACAUUUUGUGACCCACCGUGGUGGAUGCAAUAAUGGGGGAGUCGCUGUGGAGAUACUGUUUCGGAGUUUUCUUCCUUGUGUGCAAGGUGAACCUGUCCCGUGCGCUCAUUUUAGAGUCCAUCUACUGGAAUACAACAAACACCAAAUUCGCCCCGGGACAGGGGCUGGUGUUGUACCCCCAGAUCGGGGACAAGAUGGACAUUGUGUGCCCGCGGGUGGAUGGCGGGGUGGGGGAGGGGGUGGAGUAUUACAAGCUGUACAUGGUGCAGCGGGCGCAGCUGGAGAGCUGCACCAUCACCAAAGCGGACACGCCCCUGCUCAACUGCGUCAAGCCCGACCAGGACGUCAAGUUCACCCUCAAGUUCCAGGAGUUCAGCCCGAACCUGUGGGGCUUGGAGUUCUUCAGAGGGCGGGACUAUUACAUCAUCUCUACUUCUAACGGCACAAUGGAGGGGCUGGAGAACCAGGAGGGAGGAGUCUGCAAGACCAAGUCUAUGAAGAUAGUCAUGAAAGUGGGACAGAGCCCUUCUGCUGAUCCCGUAUCACCCAAAGACUACCCCACCGGGUACCCCCCCAAGCACCCGGAGGGAGGGGCGAAGGACUCCAUCAAUAAACAAAACGACGCGGGCGACAAGCACGACGCGUCCCAGAGGGAGGCGGAGUCGGACGGGAAGGGCGGCAAGCCGUCCAGCAUGAUCGGCUCGGAGGUGGCGCUGUUCGCCGGGAUCGCCUCGGGCAGCGUGAUCUUCAUCGUCAUCAUCGUCAUGCUGGUCCUCCUCCUGCUGAAGUACCGGCGGCGGCACCGCAAGCACUCGCCCCAGCACGCGGCCGGGCUCUCGCUCAGCACGCUGGCCACGCCCAAGCGCGGCGGCGGCGGCGGCGGCAACAACAACGGCUCGGAGCCCAGCGACAUCAUCAUCCCGCUCAGGACUGCAGACAGCGUCUUCUGCCCGCACUACGAGAAGGUGAGCGGGGACUACGGGCACCCCGUCUACAUCGUGCAGGAGAUGCCCCCCCAGAGCCCCGCCAACAUCUACUACAAGGUCUGAACUGGGCGAAACCCGGCGGGGGGCGCCGCACUGGCCAGCGACGUCCCCGGCUGUUUUGUUAUUUUUUAUUAUCGUUAUUAUUAUUAUUGUUAUUAUAAUUAUUAUCGUUGUUAUUACGGAUCUCCUUGCAACUGCAGUUGGUGGGAUCCCAGCGGACUCCUUGGAAAGGUGCUGUGUGCGCGUGUGUUUGUGUGUGUGUGUGUGUGUGUGUGUGUGUGUGCGCGUUUCGGGAUGGGGUGCUCUCCGCGUUUUGGGGGCGGGGCUCCGUGCUGGUCCACUGCGGCGGAUUCGGCCCGCCGCGCCGGGGGGCGGGUGCGGGCUCCGCGGAAACCCCCUGAUUGAGGGGUGAGGAGGGGGGGGGGGGCGAGCAAAUGACCCCUGCACUUGACCCAAGGAUUCUCACUUAAAUGGACUCCACUGCCUGGGAACAGGAUAGCACAGAGCAAAAAAAAAGAGAGAGAGAAAGCGGAGGAGAGAGGGAGAUAAAGAGAGGACUGGCCAGCCAUGAACUCAUUUCAGCCAUUACUUCUCCGUUUCUCCGCUCACCAGAGACGCCCCUGGGAUUAACAGCAAGCGAGGAGAGGGACAGUGACUCUUUGGACAUGGACAAAGGGCUCUGGACAAGCCUCUGUCCACCCCUCCGACAGCGCCCUCUCCCACCACUCACGCGCUCACUCGUUUAAACUCUCACUCUCUCAUUCAGCCACACAGUCACUCACCUACUCACUCACACACUCAGUAACUCACAUACUCACUCACUCACUCACUCACUCAGUCACACACCAACACGCAUGCUCACACGCUCAUUUGCUCUUUUGGUCUUUUUCAAUCAGCGUAUUGGCUUCAGUAAUUUGUUUUUUCCCCCCUUUUUUUUCUCACCACCCAAAUCGGUAGCAUACAUUUUUGUUCACUGUUGUUACUUGAAGUCUUAAAAGGUUUUCUGAAACAAAACCAACAAAAAUUGUUUCUUUUUCCAUGUAUGUGUUGAUCGCUUGCCAGCUCUUCUAAUACUGGAAGUUCAAGUUGGGCUGUUCUGCUGUUAUGCAUAAGGAUUAUAUGACACUUAGACACAAAUGAUUCACACCUAGGAGAGGUAGGAGAAGAAGAGCAGAGAGAAACAAGGAGAGAGAGAGAGAGAGAGAGAAAUGCAGGCAGUGGGAAAGACGGAGUAGUGUGUUAAACGAUAAAGGAGCACUGCUGUCUGCCUCCCUGAAGGCUCAUUGUCUUCUGUGGUGACAGGAGGGUUCUGGGCCACCAGAAUUAUUGCAUUACACAAUUGUUGCGGUAUCAUAAUCACACUCUUAUUGUGUAACCCAGUUCCUGCUGCAUGGGGAGUAAAGCAGCCAAUGGGAGCUUCUGCAGCCUUGGGAUUGGUUGAGGUUUGGAAUAUCAUUAAGGGUAGAUGCCAGGUGCCCCUCUACAGGGUGAAGAGUGCUUCAAUGGCGUGUGCAGUUCUGAAGGAGAAGUUGUACCGUAGAUGCAGGCAGUAAGAAUGAACCCUGCCUUAAUCCUACUGAAGCGAGUAGAUUUAAACAGGAAAAGAGCACUAGCAGAGUUCAGUGAGAUGCUGAAGUUGGUCUUGGUACUAGCCUGUCCUCUUUUUCACAUGGGCGAACCAAUUAUUCAUGUUUCAGGGCUGCUAGGUAGACCAGCAGCCUCUUCACCAAGUAAAGCACAUGAGUAAUCAGACAAUAGAUUGCCAUUUCAUUUUAUUACUCUUCAUUUUAAUUUAACUUCAGUUGUUUAUUUUUUGUUUAAUAUUCUUUUUUUUAUUUUACACCUGUCAUUGAAUUUAGAUGUAAACUUUCCAGGGGAAGACAUAAGCAAAAAUUUGAAAAUAGAGAAGAAUUUUAUUUAUGAUAGAUGGAUAGAGCACAGGAACUUUUGGAGGGAUAGAAAAAGUUUAAUAAUAUAUUAUGGUAAUUACACAUUAUGCAAGCUAGGUUUUCAUUUAAAAUGUUAUGAAUUUACCCCCCCCCCCCACCCCAGAGAGAUGUCUUAAACUGCCUUUUUUUAAACAAUGCAGGGCUCGGAAGAGAACGAGAUAGAGAGGUCACCUUUGACUCCUGCUCAUGGGAAAAAUAUUAUGGGCCCAAAAAUAGCUGAGAUCAAGUGUUAAUGCACUGCAUUCUGGGAUAUAACAGGCUCUCAGUGCUCUACUGAAGGCCAGAAUCGUUGACGUACAGUGUCUGACUGGUACAGACCAGCGUUUCCACAACAGAACCCACAGACCCCCACUGCUUUACUGUAGCAUGUCCUAAAGGAUCAUGGGAAAUUUCCCAUGCUUCCCUGUGGCUUUAGCUCUUUUCCUCUGUGUGUGUGUGUGUGUGUGUGAGAGAGAAGAAGAGAAGAAGGGGGGAAUGAUAAAAAAAUGAAGGUGAGAGAGAGAGAGAGCGAGAGAGAGUGUUUGUGUGUGUGCAAAUACUAUUAUAUUAUUUUAGUAUGAAGAAUGCAAAUCCCUUUUUAUUUCAUGAACAUUAUUUCCCCAUAAUCACGUAGAAUUACAAAAAUAAACGAAUAAUAAUACUAAUGAUAAAUAACAAGAACUCUAAACUAUAAAUAACAGUGAGAGGACGGGUGGUGACUGAAUUACAGGCAAAGAGGUUGGGUCACUCGAUCAUUCAUUCUCACAUCUUUGAUUCACUUUCACAUGACUCUUAACCAAGAAACGAAGCCUUCAGUGACCUGAGUCUGUGGCUCUGUCCAGGGCUACAGAAUUUGCAAAUAUGCAAUUUUAUUUGUUUUAUUUCUGACAAUGAAAAAAGAAAUGGACAAAAAAACUACACCCAUAAGAAAGUGUUCUUAAACCACUGGUAAUAACAGCAAAGUAUAUUGUGAGCUUUAUGCUGUUAGUUUUUCAUUUGAUUUUUUGAUUAGUAUUAUUUUCCAAAGUCACUUCCUUCAGUAUCUUUUUUUAUGACUGUGUCGUAAUUUGAGUUAAACUGUGAAACUGAACACGUUUGAUCUAGGUUACUUAGGGAAGAAAUACAAAUAAUGGGGAAAAAAUUGCUGUUUUGUCCCUUGACAGGGGCAUACAAUGACAAUCUUAUUAGUUUCUUUAAAUCUGAAGUCCUUACCCUGCUAACACGUAACAAACUAGUAAUGUUGCUGUGAUGUUUUAUCUAUAUAAUAGCAUUGAAGUAACAUUGCAGCAAUGUUGUGACUGUGUUGAACGUUAGCUGGGCGUUGUGUCUUCAGGCUACUGUAAAAUGCCUUGCUCUCAUGGUCAGCCCUGGUCGUUAGACCAAGAUUUUGCACCGUACAUCUGAAGUUAAGGUAUUGUAAAUGCGUUAGCGUUUGUAUCAUACAUGGAAUCUUGGUUGUUACGAUAGCCUUAUUCACUUUUUUCUAAAUAAAUUAAAAAUAAAUACGUAAAUAAAUAAAAUGAUACGGAAAAGAGAAAAACAAAAUAGACACCACAAUAAAUCAACACACUUUUUUGGUUACCAGCUUAUGUACAUAAUGAAGAUAAAACCUGAUAGUUUUUUUUAAAGAAACUCUUAAGUAAGAUGUUUUGUAUAAAAUGAAUUUUUGCUAUGUAUUUUAGCUAGUGAUCAUCAGAAUUCCCAUACUAUCCUUUCCCCCCCACUCCCCCACACCCUUUGCACUGUUUCAUUGAAAUUUGGUUUAAAACGAUAAAAAACAAAAAAACCUUGCCAAACCAACUGCUGCAUAUUUGUGCCAUAAGUGUGUACCAUAAAUAUUUAUUUAAUUUGUUUAGUUUGUGUUUUUUUUUUUUGGUUCUUUUUUUUGUCAGAUAUGUAAGUAACACAGUAUUAAGGUUGAGUUGUACGUUUUUAUCUCCCCGAUUCCUUUAGUGUGUACUGGGCUGUGGGUGGCUUUAGUCCUGCUCUGCAUCUCGUAAAGGCUAGGCUGUGAAUAAAUCACACACAUUCCACCGAUCUGUCACAAGCGGAAAUUGUUUUUCAAUAAAAUGUUUUUCCUAUGGA